CCAUCGCCGGGACCUCCACGCAUACCGUCGCUUCCUCCCGCUUAUCUCUUGACACAGAACUUCUCUUGGAACAUAUUGUUUUGCCUCUGAAUGCACAUUUAAAGCAGAAAUAACGGAGAAGGUCUGGGCUUUUUUUGGCGAGAGAAAGAUAUUCAAGUAGUAGGAUUACGGAGGAGUUCUGAAGGGGAGAAUAUUACUAUGGUUUCCAAGCUACAAUGUUUUGUGGCACUCACCUUUGGCUUGGUUGCUGUUCUGUAUCAAAUCGACACUGACACGGAGACAUGGGAGGCAAAGCAGAUGGCAACAAUUUAUGCAACCCCAGAGCAGAUGGAAAGGUUCCUCCUCAAUCCAGAUACUGUAGAAAAGUGGUUCCAGUGGGUCUCUAUUUUCAAAGCAGCUGACAGCCGGCCUGUGGGAGUUGGGAAGAAGUACCAGGCAAUAUAUAAUCUACCUAUUUUUGGUGAAUAUGUGAUGCUUAUGCGUGUUAUUGAAUAUAAACCAAAAAGACUGCUGAUAUUGGAGUCCGAGUCCCUUCUUAAGCCUAGGUUUUCUGUCUCUCUACAAGAAGAUACUCCUAAAUCAAGCCGUCUCACAUUUAAGCUUAGGUACAAACGAUCCUCUGCCCUCUUCCAGUGGACUGUUGGGCCAUUCCUGUGGUUCCUGACUGGCCAGCAGCUCCAACAUUCCCUCUUCAUGCUAAGAAUGAUGUUCCCUUUCUGACGUUUAGAGAAAUCGGCGCAGACCCCAGUCAUUGCAACCAUCCAGCUUUCCUCAUCUGUGUGAAUUAGAGGGUCCAUCGAGGGAACAGUGCUUAUUGAAUAAGGAAUUAUUUAUUUCAUUUGAUGAUUUUUUUUUUUUUUUUUUUUUUUUUUUUUUUUUUUUCAUUCCGCUGUUCCCCCAGUCAUUUAAUUGGAUAUUUACAGCCAUGUAAGAGUUUACUUUAAAAUGAAAAGUUUCAUAGACUAGAGAUUUUUAAUUUUUUGUUUCCUUACUAAAGAUUUGCUUUUCUUUUGUAAGGUCAUUAUUAAUUUUACUGUCAAAGAGGUCCAUUCCAUAGUAGUUUACAAAUAUAUCUAUUAUUUACAUUUCAACAGUAUCCAAGAUUCAUGUCAAUUAAAGCAUGAUUAUUUUAUGAUAUGUCUUGCGCCGUUACAGUGCUGUCUUUCUGGGUUGAUUUAUGAGAAGCAAAGAUUUUAAAAAUAUUUUCAGACAUUUUGAAAAGAUAGUAAAUAAAUUAAAGUAUAAGCUCAGAGCAGCCAUAAUGUAUUUUGAACAUGCAUAUAGUUUGUGUACAGCAUAGAAAAGGUAUGAAUGAGAAUGAAUAUUUUCACAAUACUAUAUUUUCAUCAGAAACACAUGUAUUUCUGAUGAAGAUGUAAUCAAAACUGGUCAAAUACAUCUCGUGUAUUGUGAAGAUCUUCAUUCUCAUUCAUGCAUUUUCUACAUUUGCUGACGUGAAUAUGGUUCAUCCUUCCCUAUUGUGUACAAUGUUCCAGGAGAAAUGUACCAAGUUUUAGAUUUCUUGUAGGUAGCCAUGCACACUGUAGUAUUAAGUAUUUAUCCUAACACUAGGAAUCCUUGUGCCUUAUGCUAGUCUGCCAUAUAUUCCAAAGGAGAAUUAUUUCUCUAUCUCUUUUUUUUUUUUUUUUUUUUUUUGGGGGGGGGGGGGGAUGGUCUAAUGAUGUUGGAAGAAAUUUCAGAUAUACAUUAAAUGUAUAUUGUGUAUGGUUAUGAGUUAGAAGCUCUAAUCUAAGCCUUUUAUUUUUACUGUAAUUUCAUAAGAAUAUAAGGUACACAGCCUCUGCUCUGGAAAAGAUUCACCGUCUGUUGCAGUCUGCAAAAAGCUGUGAUUUAUUUUAGCAGCUCUUAUUGAUAUAUAUUCUUAUUCUUAUUCUUAUUACUAUUAUUAUAUAAAUACAUUUUUAAAUUGAUUGUUUUUUUUUAUCAUUUGGAUUAUCCUUUGUUAGUAGUUUCAUUAUUAUUAUUAUUAUUAUUAUUAUUAUUAUUAUUAUUAUUAUUAUUAUUAUUAUUAUUAUUAUUAUUAUUAUUAUUAUUAUUACUAUUAUUAUUAUUAUUGUUAUUGUUAAUGUUAUUAUUAUUAUUUUUGUUAUUUGUCUCAUUAUCAUUAGUAUCAUUAUAACCAUUAGCAUGACCAGUGCUGAUUUUUAAAAAUUGACAGUAUCAUAAUCAUUUAAACUAUGGCCUGGAGCCUUACCCUGUAGUCUGCACAUAACAGAAUUCUGCAAGGGUUAAACUUGUGUUGCUGUAACAUGUGUAUUUCAAGGUCAUUUAAGGUUACAGAAAAGAUUGAGGUUGAGAGCUCAGUGUUCACGUAACUUUUAGAUUUACAGAGAAAUGUGUUGUGGAAAUGUGGAUAAAAUGCUUAAAAAGGACUUCGGGGAAUUAAAGUAUUUACAAAUAUAUUGUGGAUGUUUGUCAGGUGAUUUGUAAGUGAAGUAUGAAGCUGUAAUAUUAAGGUACCUACCUGAUAUGGUGAAUGAUAUGGAUGUUUUGAGAAUCUGUAGGUUUUAUAUAUUUGUGGAUUGUAAAUUUCAAGUAGGAUAUUGUCAAAAACUGGGGAAAAAAUGUAUGAAAAUAAUUACGCCUUCAGUUUCAAUAGCAUUCUUUAGGGGUGGCAUUGGGAAAUGGCAAUAUUAAUGUCAAAUAAUAAAAUUAAUCAUUUACUUCUGGGUGGGUGACAUGUGUUAUACUAUUCUGAUUAUCUUGGUCAGGUCACAGUUUAUAGCUAGUCAUAUGGACUUUGCACUAUAUUGGCUGGAUACUAUUGCAGGUUUAGUUAGAAGAAGAAGAAGAAAAAGGAAAAUAAUAAUAGCAUUGGCCUCUUUCUUUCGUAUGUGUCUGUAUCAAAGCCACAAACAUUAACUGUUGGUACAUACAUAUAUGAAAACAUAUGCCCUGGUUGUCUGCACUUGACCUUGCUUUCACGUUUAUGUGCAACCCAGGAAUUUAGGUCUUUCGGCAAUUUUGCUAGACUGGAGGCUUUGAGUUAACUAUUGUUUUAAAAAAAGUUGAAGAUGUAGUGAUAGAAGACAUUGAUGCUAUUCUGUUAACUCGAGGAAGUCCCUGUUAAGGACUUAACUUGUAUAUAUUCAGUGUAUCCCUUAUUUGCCUUAAAACCAUUUUUUGUGGAAAUGGCAUUUCUACUUAAUAUACUGUAUACUUACAGAAUUACAAACAAAACUAUGCAGGCAGAUAAAACAAGGCUCGAUAUUUUUUUUUUUUUUUUUUUUUAUAAAGUUUAUUUUUGUAUCAGUGUUUCUGCAAGAGAUUUUCUUAAAGAAUUUUUUUUUUAUUUCAUGUUUAUUGAAUUUAAACCAGUUUGCUCUUAAUUAGAAGACAGUUUACAGAGAACAAGUAACUUUCAUAGCUAAACUAUCAUGUUUUAUUAGUUAUUUAUUUAUUUUUUUUGUUUUAGAAUACAGAAUUUAUGCAGACUAGUUAUAGAAUUAUGAAUAUUAAAAGGUACAAAACUGAUGUUUUAGAUCACAGAGAUAAAGAUAUCAUCUUAUCGAAUAGUAUUAAAAAAUGUGAUGUAUUAUGUGUGUCUGUAUUUGUGUGAAAAUUAAUGACAGUAUAUCAUGUAUAUACCUUGAACAGGUAAUCUACAGUUUUAUACACUUGUCUUUUUUAGCUUUGGGGUUUAUUAAUGAGGUUUGGUGUCAUUUUAAAAAAGAAAGAAAAAAAAAUACAUUACUGAUUCUUAAUUUGUUGAAGGUUAUUGGAUAAUUAGAUAUAAGUUUCCACUGUGUUGUAACAACUUUGAGUAAUUAAUUGAAUAUGCAUUCCUCAUUAUUAACAUCUUGAUUUCAGGUGUAUAGUAUGUGAAAGCCCUAAACACUACCUUGGGAAAAAAUGAUAUACUGGCAUUGAACUCAUCAGUAAGGUUAGCUAAAUCUUACUGGAGGUUGAUUAAAUGAUUUUGCAGUCUGUAACAUGGUCAGAAUUCUUUAAAUAACACCAGGCUCUAUUGGUUCCUAAGGUAAGGGUAUUUUCAUAUACUAACCACCUCAUAUUUUUGGGUGAGUGUGGAAGAGUACAACACAACUUUGACAGAAAUAUUUCAUGAGCAAUAUAUAUUUCUUUUUAGCAAGUUUUCUGUAAUCUUUCAUCACAGAUAUUACCAUAUGUAAUAAUGGAUUUACUGAAUAAAAGGGUAUUGUGAUA